GAAAAAACCGAUAAAUGGAUCUCGCGACGAUAGAAGGAUAUGCACAAACCUUAUUGGCCCCACCGAACCUGGUGACGUCAGAAGCCCGUGAACAAGUCACAUUCUUUUUCGAGGAUUUAAAGAAGAAAAUUUCAAUUAACGAAUGUUUAAUUCUGCUCAGAGAAUCGAAAAAUCCGUUUGUCUUAUUUCAAAUUGGUCAAGCAAUCGGCGAAAUUGUGCUCCGUGAUUGGGCAUUAAUUGAGCCAAGUGAUGUUCAAAUUGCCUAUAAAACUCUGCUAGAAUUCGUGGCCACUUCGUUGAGCCUUGAAUCAUACGUGGUCGGCGCCUGUCUCAAAUCCGCCGCAAUGAUAAUAAAACGUGGAAUUUUGGACGGAAAAUCGGGUGAUCAAGAGGAAUUAUAUCAAUUUAUUCAUCAAAUGCUCACAAAUGAAUCGUCAACUGUUCAGGCAGCCGGAUGCCUUUUUAUUAGCGCUUUAAUUGAACAAUUCUCGUCGGCGUGGAGAAAUUCCAAAUUUUCGAUUACUUGGGAUUUUCAUUUGCAAGCGAAAAGCACUUUUGAGAACAACGGGCUCCGCCGUCUGCUCGAAAUGUCCUUAACCACUCUUCACGCUCUAUCAAAUCAGGAAGAUAUCGUCGGAAACGCCUUUACAAGUCGCCUUUGUGAUCGAUUUUUAGAGGUGUCGGAGAAUAUUCUCUCGUGGAACUUCUCGAGCAAGCUUUACAGACGAUUUUUGAGCAAUCAUCAGUCAUCAACCUCAUUCCGGCCUCCAAUUUCAUGGAAAGAUCUACUGGAAAACGAUGAAUUUUUCAUACUUUUCUUCAAAUUGCACUCGAAAAUUCGCCACGACGAGACCCUAUGCACAAAAUCGAUGAAUUGUCUCAUUCAGUUGGCUUCACUUACAGGUGACUGUAUGCCGGUAGCAGAUCAAGAAGCGAGUACAAAAUACGUCCGAAUGUAUAUCAGUAGCCUACUGGAAUUAUUCGCCCAAGGACCAUCAAACUGGGAGACCAAUCAUUUUUGUUUGAUCAUCAAUCGACUUUUCCUCUACAGACCGCUCACUUCAAUUAUGAGACAAGAACCAGAGCUCAGAGCUCGGUUUUUCGGAUUUUUGAGAGAUUAUACUAUUCAUUUGACAAAUCAGGCAAUGCAAAAAGCCAUUGGAGAAGCCGAACACGAGGAUCACACAUCGCUAGCACUGAUCUACGAUGCAAUCGUAGUUCUUCUACGUGGCCGCUGGCGGACAUGCUUCUCGUCAGAAGAAGAAGCCGACGCUGUUGAUAAUGAAUUAGUUAAAUGGCCGACGUUAAUGAUUGUCAAUGCAUUUGUAUCGAAUCUUCUUGCCCCACCAAAAGGUACACGGCCAGUGGCAAAAGAUGAAGAUGAUGGAGAUGAAGACUCGGAAGAUCGGACAUUAUUUAUGGAUCUAUUUAAUCCGCUCGGAGCGAUGAUUUGCUAUUCGGUUGGAGAGUUUAUGGAGAAUAUGGCUACAAAUCUUCACACAUCCCUUGCCGAGUUCACCGCGAUGGCCACCACGGGCUCCACCGGAGAUAUGAGCCGUCGUCUACCAAUGUGGCAAGAGGAUCAGCACUGGCUUAUGCUCAUCCUUGCCAAUUCCAUCGUCGGAGAGGAAAUCGAUGGUGCAUGUCACGUGUCGGGUGACGUGUUCGACUACACGCAGAAACUAUUCCAUACGGGACGGAAAUUCGAUGAGACGAAGAAAGCGCAAUACUUGCAAAUGUGCAUUGAGCAGCCGACACAGGAUCGGGCUCAGUACGCGCUGGAAGUUGAUCCGUUCAUUAUAGUAAUGGGUGAACUCUUCGCAUGGGCUUCCAUUGAACACGACGUUUUUGCCAAUGCUUCACGUGAAAUGAUCAGUCCAGAGCUUUGCCGGAGCACAUUUCUUUGUUUGAGAAGAUUCCUCAAUGCAGCGAGCUCCUCGGUCGAUUGUGAUAAAUGGAACGACUACCAGGGAGUAUCUUCGGAAAAUCUACCAGUGAUGCCACAAAGCAAGGAAUUUUCAGCGAUUUUGGUUCGAUUUGUGAUCAAAAAAGUGCUCGCCGUGCUCGUCAACUAUGGUUCCGAGGAAAAACUAUGCCAGGACGCAAUUGACUGUCUGCUAAGCCUCGUGGAAUCUCAUGCUUCAGACAUUGCUUCAUCACCGGAACUCUUUGAAUAUCUCAAUUCCCUUGAUAUUGCCCGUCUCCCAAAUCGAGCAAAUCUCAUGAAAGCUCUUGUGCUCAUCGGAGCAGCCGCCAACGAUCAGGAGCUUCAAGAGAACAUGUUCAAAUUGAUUUUGGUCCCGCUAUCCGAGAGAUUUGUGUCAGCUUGUGAUCAACCAACGAGAACAGACAUUGAUUCGCAAAUUGUCGAUUAUUUGCAGUGUUUUGAUGGAGUGGCAAAAGCUAGUCAGAGCCACUCGGCUCCUGUGCUCUUCAAAUUUCUCUACGCAAUCAUCGACAAAUGCGUUGGCCUAAUGCGUUCCCGUAAUCAAAAUGAGUUGGUGGUUUCGAAUAUUCUUCAAUUGAUUCUCGACGUCACUACAAAAGUAUCAAUAUACAUUGAUAAUGAGGACGAGUCGAAUGCUCUUUAUGCGUCGUUGCUCCAAAUUGUGGACACCUACAAAACUGACCAAUUUCAGCGAUUUUCCACGUUUACAGCCGACGAUGAGGAGAAGGCAACCGAUUUGGCUCUAUUCAUUGAUAUUCUAUCAAAUGUGCUCUCCAAAGAUUUCCUCACACUUGGAGGUGAAAACUGUACAAAUGGUGCAAAAGUUGUGAUUCAUUCACUGGAAAUGUUGCUCACAAUCAUGAAUGACCGAGUGCUCCAAAUGCCAGAAGUCGCGUUGAAAUUCUUUCGUUUAAUCUUGUAUCUCGUCGAAUUCUCGCCAGAAUCUCUCGCCGAAAUGUCCGAUCAGUUGAUGUCAUCGUUGUGCCAGUGCAUUCGGCUCGGCAUGACUGGACAAUUCGGAAUGGAAAUCACAUCAACAUCACUGGAAUCUCUGACGGAAGUUGUUCUUCAUUUCGGUAGCCCGGCGAAUAAAGGAAGAUGUACACAGAAUUUGGCAUUCCUUUUCAAGGAAAUGUUGCCGACGGUCUUCGAAACGUGCCUAUCAAACACAUGUGAAAACAGUAUCUACGCGGAAUCGUGCUCGGCACUCUAUGCUCUAAUCGCUUUCGAACGCUCAUUCUUCGAUGAAUAUGUGAAUGAACUUUUCUCGAAGAAAUCGAAUCAACAAGCACGUCAAGUACUCGAAGCUGCAUUUACAGAGCUUAUGGAAGUUAAUCCAGAACCUGGAAAUCGACGUGGAAGAGUUCAAUUCCGCAGCCGAAUGGAACAAUUCCUAAACAAGAUCCAAGGACUUUUGAGCUAUAAUUAAUUUUCCCCCUUCAGUUUUCCGAUUUCCCCCAUAAUUUAUCGAUUUUCUCAUAUUUUACCCAAUUUUUUUUGCGCUCUCUACAUGUUUUCACACGAUAUUUAUUUAUUUUUCUUGUUUUUUUUUUCUUUUUACCAUCACCCAUUCACAUUCAGGCAUAACACUCCGAAAUCGAUCAAUAAAUUAUUUAAG